AUGGCUCUCAAGCGAAUCAACAAAGAACUUACCGAUCUCGGCCGUGACCCACCCUCUUCCUGCUCUGCUGGUCCACAAGGAGAAGAUCUGGGUGACAGCCCAUUCCAAGGCGGUCUCUUCUUCCUGGCUAUCCACUUCCCAACCGACUAUCCUUUCAAACCCCCCAAAGUCAACUUCACCACCCGAAUCUACCAUCCCAACAUCAACUCUAACGGCAGCAUCUGUCUGGACAUACUACGAGACCAGUGGAGUCCAGCUUUGACCAUAUCAAAAGUCUUGCUAUCGAUCUGCUCUAUGCUUACCGACCCCAACCCGGAUGACCCGCUGGUGCCGGAGAUAGCGCACGUGUACAAAACCAACAGAAGCAAAUACGAGGAGACUGCCAGAGAAUGGACAAGGAAAUAUGCAACUUAA